GUGUCCAAUUGGUUCGGCAACAAGAGGAUCCGGUACAAGAAGAACAUCGGCAAGUUCCAGGAGGAGGCUAACCUCUAUGCAGCCAAGACAGCGGUGACGGCAACCCACGCCGUGGCAGCAGCCAUCCACAACAGCCAGGCCAACUCACCCACCACGCCCAACUCUGACGGUCGGAUACAAUGACGGGCUCCGGCAUCCCAUGUACAGUCCUCACAGUCUAAAUGGUAACGGGGGAUGGCACGGUGCACCUACUCCCUCCUCAGUGACGUCCCCAAACGAAGGGCCAGGCAGUGUGCACUCUGAUACCUCAAACUGACCACCUCACUGAUCGUCUCUUUUCCACCUAAUAUGCUACCGUGCCCUCGACCAAUGUGACUGAACCAAACAGAGGCCAAACAGAACCAAUCACCUCCCUCGACUGAGUCUAACCCCUCCCCCCUCCACUCCAGACAAUGUCGGCCAUUUUGUAAAAUCCCAUCCAAUAACCUUCACAGUCAAGACUGAUAUGAUUGGAUACAGCUUUUAGCAACAUUUUCUGAAUAUAAAUAUAUAUUAACUGACAGACUGACGAGUUGGGGUUCAGAAUGGGAAGUCUAGAGAAGCUAACAGUAGAUUUAUUCAAGUAAAAACUGAAGACCGUGCAUCUCUCUCAACCCUUCAGAUCUUCCUUUUUGACACUUUUUACUUUUUUUGGCCAACUAAGACUGAAGGCAACAUACAUGUGGUCCAAUGGAUUUUCUUCUGCCAGUGUCACUAUACAACUGUUGUGGCGACAGCGGAAUCAUUUGAAGUUGCAGGUGUGCAACUGACGAAAGGUUUGCUUGCUGCGAUGCUUCAAUGGGACUUAGGAUUUCUGCACCUCUAGUGGACUCGCUGUAUUUCUGAUACUAACAUCCCCGGAUUUAACAUGUUUUGGGGAUUGACACGAUGAAGGACAUUUAAACGGCACCUUUUUUUUGUCAUGCUCUUAUUCUCAACAUGAGUCCUCUUGCUGAACAUGAAURUCUAAACCUUUUAUUGGAGACUGUGCAUUCAGUUCGAAUGGAUAUAUUCAGUCAUUUGAUAGUAUUCACUCCAAUGCUGUCUCAAAAAUUCAUAUUUGUAUGAUCAUGUGUUACCAUAUCUUACAAAUGACAUUUACUAAUAGUAAUACCAUUGGAGGAGUUCCCGAGGAAUUGUGUGUCAAAACAGAGCUGUAAUGAUUUACCUCAUGAAAAUGACGACGUCACCAUUUCAAACGGAUUUUUAGUAACUUAGAGUACUACCUCUUCUUAACCUAGCAUUACUAACAUCUGACUAUUCUAAAUCCCAAUUUUACUUUUGUUUUACAUGUCUUGUAAUUAGCUCUUGUACUUUUGAUCUUGUUGGGGGGGGGAUUGCUGCAUUAUUGCUGCAUUAUUGCAACUUUACUAAAUGCCAGAUUAACGCUUAGCAGUAGUGUUUAGUUAAGAACAAAAGGUACAUUUGAGCCAUUCAACCAAACUAGGAGGCCGCUACGGUACUAGCUUCCCAAAGAGCUAGUCAUGUGAUCUGUCAUUUUAUGGUCGUGUAUUAAUUGAACAGGGUCCAGAAAUGUCAGUGGUGGAAUUUACUAGAAGCCUGUAUGGAUGUGAAAGGUGACGUACCCCCCCCCCACCCCCAUUUCCACUUGUGGGAAUACAGGCUGUGGGGGUACAAAGAAACAUGUACUGUCAUACACACCUCACAGCCAGUAUUCCCACAAGGGGAAAUAAGCCACCUUUUUUUUUUAACAUGUAAGAAACAUGUAUGGUCAUCACCAAACAGUGAAACUGUUGUAAAUACCGAAGAACAUUUUGAAUGUUGCUGAUUUUGUUACUUAUCCUCUUAAAUAUAUGAAUGAAAAGACGUAGAGGUCUCAGUUCCCAGACCUGUGUAUUUCAGACUCUGUUUCACAGCUACGUUUUUUUUUCUUGCUUCACUUCUUUUUKUUUUGUAUCACGCCAUUUUGAAACUGAAUGAAGUCCUGAUAAAAAAAAAAWAAUAAUAAUAUUUGUGGCAGUGGUCCUAAUGUAUUAAAUAUGUUUCAUUUGUAACCGCACACCGUGGAGGAUUCUGACCCCAAACGAGUCCUCUGUGCUAGUUUGUGUAGUUUCAAACACAAAAAAAUAAACUUUUGCUUUAAUGUU